CAUAAUUCAACAGCUCCACUUUCGGCCCGCCUCUUUCCUAGGGGUGGGAGUUUGCUGCAAACUUUGUUUAUGGGACAGUCCGAGAGCCGCGGCGGCCGCGCUUGUCUACGUCUUCUCUGUCGCUUCCUCGCGCAGUGCGAGCGCCCGAGGCCGGCUCCGGGGAUGUAAGAGGAUAAGCCUUCGGCUGCUGGGAAUCCGCUCGGGAUCUGCCAGCCGCGGCCGGGUUCCAGCUCGUCAGUUCGGGAGGUGCCCAGGCUUGGCUUCCCCGCGUGUCCAGAAAGAUGAAUCCGUCCUCGGUGCCCCAUCCGCUCCCGCCGCCAGGGCAGCAAGUCAUCCACGUCACGCAGGACCUCGACACGGACCUCGAAGCCCUCUUCAACUCUGUCAUGAAUCCCAAGCCCAGCUCAUGGCGGAAAAAGAUCCUCCCGGAGUCCUUCUUUAAGGAGCCCGAUUCCGGCUCGCACUCGCGCCAGUCUAGCACAGACUCAUCGGGCGGCCACCCGGGGCCUCGACUAGCUGGCGGCGCGCAGCACGUCCGCUCGCACUCGUCGCCCGCAUCCUUGCAGCUAGGCACCGGUGCGGGAGCCGCUGGAGGCCCUGCACAGCAGCACGCACACCUCCGCCAGCAGUCCUAUGACGUGACCGACGAGCUGCCGUUGCCCCCCGGGUGGGAGAUGACCUUCACGGCCACUGGCCAGAGAUACUUCCUUAAUCACAUAGAGAAAAUUACCACAUGGCAAGACCCUAGGAAGGUGAUGAAUCAGCCUCUGAAUCAUGUGAACCUCCACCCCGCCAUCACUUCCACAUCGGUGCCACAGAGGUCCAUGGCAGUGUCCCAGCCGAAUCUUGCCAUGAAUCACCAACACCAGCAAGUGGUGGCCACUAGCCUGAGUCCACAGAACCACCCAACUCAGAACCCAUCCACGGGGCUCAUGAGUGUGCCCACUGCACUGACCACUCAGCAGCAGCAGCAGCAGAAACUGCGGCUUCAGAGGAUCCAGAUGGAGAGAGAGAGGAUUAGGAUGCGUCAAGAGGAGCUCAUGAGGCAGGAAGCUGCCCUCUGCCGACAGCUCCCCAUGGAGACCGAGACCAUGGCCCCUGUCAACACGCCUGCCAUGAGCACAGAUAUGAGAUCUGUCACCAACAGUAGCUCAGAUCCUUUCCUCAAUGGAGGGCCCUAUCAUUCACGGGAGCAGAGCACAGACAGCGGCCUGGGGUUAGGGUGCUACAGUGUCCCUACAACUCCAGAAGACUUCCUCAGCAACAUGGAUGAGAUGGACACAGCUGAAAAUUCGGGUCAGACAUCCAUGACCGUCAAUCCCCAGCAGACCCGCUUCCCUGAUUUCCUGGACUGCCUUCCGGGAACAAACGUCGACCUCGGGACACUGGAGUCUGAAGAUCUGAUCCCCCUCUUCAAUGACGUGGAGUCUGCUCUGAACAAAAGCGAGCCCUUUCUAACCUGGCUGUAAUCACUCCCGCUGUCACGUGACGCAGCUGUGAGCUGCCGCGUCCUGGGCCUUGCGGACCAAGUGAUGGAGCAGAGCGGGGCCAGCAGCUGCACUGCCUUCUGCCUUCAUACUCGCACUCCUUGGCCAUGUGGCCGCUUAAUCAUUGCCUGGUUGUGAUUUGCAGGAACUUAACGUUACACAGAAAUAAAUAUUCUCUUCAUAUUCUGUAGGCCUGCAUUUCUGUGGCAGAUAAAGCAGGAUCGAUUGUGCAGAAUAACUUUUUAGAAAAUGCAGCCCCAUGACUGAGCUUUAUUGCAAUUAGCUUAAAUUCAUAUAUCAAUUGAUUCUAAGCCAUAAAAAGCUGACCUUAGGCAGUGAAUCCUGAUAGGCAGCUUGGUCCAGGAGGUGUGUACAAAGACCUGAUUUACAGUUUCAAAAACUGAACUGAUAACAGUAGUAACAAAAUGCUUUAAAACGUAUUUAACUUGAUCUUUAAAAAAAAAAAAUCAUUGUAUGGAUAGUAAUUUUCUCCUGUAGGGAAUACAGUGUGGUUUGGAGUCCGUGCUGCCUCUGAUGGCUUCUCCCAUUCUGUGUUUACAAGGGCACAGAGGACUAAUGCUAUCACCCCUCAUCAUUUUCCUGCAUAGCAGCUCAGUUCUGUGAGCGAGAGGGUAACUUCAACAUCUGUCACAAUUCUUGCAUGACAGAGCGUGUGAAAGAGCCCAGUUUGGUUCCAGUAUGACUGGCUGAUUACAGAACAAAACUAUUUUUUAUUGCAACUUGGAUUUUUUUCAAAAUGCAGCUUAGAAUUUGAUGUUUGUUUAUAUAUAUAAGUAACCUGUAAUUUUGUAGCUAUUACAGAGGGUAGCCAAAUGUUUUAUUGAUAAAUCAGUGGCAACUGUAUUUUUGUCCUUUGAACCUGUUCUGAAAACGUCAGGCCAACAUAGAUCGCAGCCUGAUGACACAUGAAUUUUGUAUGCCACGUUUUGUAUUCUGAGGCAUUAUUGAUUCUGCUUUCAAGAUUUCAAGUGUUAAAAAAUAUUCCUGUCUAUGAAACUGUUUAAAGAAUGAAGCAGACCUCUGAUUAACAUAUACGGAAAGGCCCUCGUCAGGGCUUGUGGUGUAGAUUUGUACUUCGGAAUUCAGUGAUAUUGAUUCCUAAGUAUACUAUCCUAAUCCUUUUGCUAAAUUGGUAAGAAAAAAAGUCUAAGGUGUGUACUCCAUACCUCUUAUGUAACCAACAUAUUAUUUGUUUUGUUAGCUUUUAAGGACUGAGAGUCAUGAUCAUCUGGCAGCAGCCUGACACCUGCGCUUGCGAUGACGUCCUUAGCUAUUUAGUAUUUUGAACUGACAUUAUUUAUAAUCUAUGAAUUUAAUCUCUUUUUUAUUUUUAUUUUUUUAUGUUUUUUGAAAGACAUCCAGAACCUGGAAGGAAGCUUUCAGUUGCUGUGAGGACGAAGGCUUCUUUGUUGAGGAUCUCCAGUGAGAUCCCUUUUGAUCCAUUGGAAUACAAAUGCGCAGAGUACAUUUGAUCUUGGUGGGAAGAGGCAAGUUGAAAGGUCAGAGGCCAAGUAGAGUAGCCGGUGAAAGUGGCAGAGAGGCCAGUUGAUGUGAAAUGAAGCAGACAUGUCAGAAGCCCUCAUAAACAAGGCAAGCAAGACUUGUGAGGAGUGCCCCAAAGAGCAAAGAACAAUUUUCUCUCACAGCCUUCAUGCUAAAAGACACCACUGUUUCAAGAGAAGAGGGUUGGGGUGCACUUUACUGGGGAGGGGCUGUGACAUUGUCCAUGUAUUGAUAGACAAGAGCAUGGACUGCUGUUGCAUCCAGCACUCUUAAAGUGGUCUCUCUUCCUGAAGGAACCCCAUUUAUGUCCACAUAAUUCCUUGCUCUCUCUGAGCAUUCCGAGAGAGGCGUGUAGGUGUUUAUGUUGCUAUUAGGUUGAAAGGGAGCACUCUUUCCGUUCUUUUGUUAGCAAAAGUUGCAAAAAAAAAAAAAAGAGUCGUACAUUCUUUCUGAGGAAAACCAAAAAAACAAGCCAAAACACAAGGGACCUAACAAAACUUGACAGUGUUACUGUAUUUAAAAAUAUUUUUAUAGAUGCAUUUCAGGUUAUUAAGUGUAAAAAACAAAAGAUACUCUUUUUUAAAAAAAAAAUUAGUUAAAUCAUCUAUGUUACCAGGUUUUAGAAGCCAUUUUCUAGUAAGUUUGUGGCAUUAUGAAAUACUAGAAUAAUUUUCCUAGUAAAUUAGUUUAAACCUUUUUUUUAAAUUAAUAUAGUAUUUUUUUAGAAAUAUGGCCCUUGACUGUUUACUAAUAGAUAAAGUCAGAUAUUAUAAUUGCUGUUGUUGUUUUUAAGAACAUAAAAUGUGGUUUGUUACAGAACACUAAAGCUAGAAAUCAGACUUUUUUUCCUAGUUCUGAGUGAACAGAGACUUCAUGUGUGUCAGGCAAGUGCUCCUCAACGGACCGUCACCCCAGCCCUCAGAGCAGUCUCUCAGUGGUUAUUAUAAAUAUUAAAAUUUUCUAAGAAUUCAUAAUAAGGUGCUAUCCAUUGAUAUGUCGUACCAUAAGCCGACUGUCAGACCAUCUAGUCUUCUUAGUCCUAAAUCAAUAAAUUUUACCAUGUCAUCUCCAAAUUUUGACAUAGGAUAGACAAAUUUUUUAGAGUUGGAUUCAAAACACGUUUUUUUCUUGAUAAAAUACACUCCGCUGAAGCACCUAAAUAGCUAAAACACCCUGUCAUUUGUUAAUAGUAGGUGGUAUUUAGGCCGUGUUUUACUGUAGUUAAUCUAGGAUAUAAAAUGUAUUUCUUUCAAUGAUUUCUCAGUGCGCGAGAAGCACAUAAGCCAGAAUAAGCCUUAGCCUCCUGGGCACUGCUCAGCAGAAAGGAAUCUGCAGGUAACUGAAGUGACGGACAUGUCAUGGAGUACUGUGUUCUCAUGGUGUAAUUAGAAGCAACUUAUAAAAGUACAACUUCGGUGGUACAAAACAAGCUGUUCAUAAAGGAAACACGGUUAAUUUAAAAUGGUGAUUGACGGAGACCCCCUUCCCUGACACUGUAUUAUACAAUGUGCUAAUACUUUAACUUAAUUUUUUUUUUUUUUUUUUUUUUUUUUUUAUCGAAUGGGACCUGUGUGGUUGAUGAUAAUUCAGUAUGUUCUACAUACAGGAACUGUGCAGCCAAAUCCAUCAGAUCAAACCAUUUAUCUAGAGUUUGGUACAGGUUUUACUUCUCAAUUCUAUAUAUAAAAAAAUAAAU